GCGGAUCAGUGAAGUGUCUUCUUCCUCUCAAGUUGGAUUACCCAAAUGGAAACCUACACCGGAGCAUUUCUUUCUUGCGCAUCAUUGCCCGGAAUUCCCAUUUCCGGCCAUUUCCGGCCGGCGCUCCAUGCUAAGCCUUCCUCCAAACGCUCGCUUUCUUCGUCUUCUAACGUUUUCGCUCUCCUUAGCUCUGCAAGGAAUUUCAUCCCUCCUAUAUGUCGCAACAAAUCCUCUGCCCGCCCUUGCUCUACCGUGUUUUCCCGAAUGGCGGCAGUUGGCUCUAAUAUGAGUGAGGAUACAGAUGAUAUGUUUGAUGAUUUGAUUGAGAAAUAUGGGAAGGUGGUUUAUAGAAGAAAUGACAACAAAUCAGCUAGUGAGGAGGUUGAUGAUGAUGCUGAAAGCCUAUCAUUUGCUGUAGCAGCGGCUAAAGUUGCAAAUGAGGUGAAGGCUGCUGACAUAAAAGUUCUUUUUGUGAAGCCCUUAGUUUAUUGGACUCGAUUUUUCAUCAUUGCCACUGCAUUUUCCCGCCCACAAAUUGAUGCCAUUGGGACCAGGAUAAGAGAUAUGGCCGAGGAACAGUAUGGAAGAGCUGCAUCUGGAGAUACAAAGCCAAAUUCAUGGACGUUGCUGGACUUUGGUGAUGUAGUGGUACAUAUAUUUCUGCCUGAACAACGCGAGUUCUAUAACCUGGAAGAGUUCUAUGCGAAUGCAACACCUGUUGAUCUGCCUUUUGAAAAUCAACAGUUUCGACAUUCAAAAGGUUUCUGAAACUUGACAAUUUGAGCCUCUGAUCUAGCGAAGGGACUAAAAGGCCGGGUUGGCAAAUCAACAGGCAGGAUAUGGUUGAGAAUUGGCAAGAUAUCGUUGGUUAUAACUCCAUUAUAUAUGCCAUUACCUGCUAUGCUAGUGUCAACAGGAGGGAGGGGUUCACAAAUUUUGAUGAUAUGUGUGCUCCCUUUACUGCUAUUGAUUAAAAAGGCAAAAGAUGUAAUCAACAUGGCAUAAAAAAUGACAGGUACUCUUGUAGCCUUCCUUGUAUUUGCUAUAAAAUGAAAACAUUGCAUUACUUGAUGAGAUAGGAUUUUCAGUUCUCAUUUAACUUAGAAACUAGUGGUAUGUACUUCUCAUUUCUGAGUGGAAGGGACAUUAUUAAUGUUAACAGUUUAUGGUAAUUCAAUUCACUUGAUUGAACAUGAAA